CCAAUGAUAUACCGGUGUAGCCUGCAUACAUGUACAUCGUAGCAAUCUACAUAAACCUAAGGCAGUACGUACAUAUGUACCUAGAUACCUGGCUUCCAACCUUCAAUGUUGGAAGUGCAUAUUAGUUCGGAGUUUCCGUAUUUCAUCGUUACACAAAUUACGCAGCGCCUUUCUUUUCUUCUGCUGUCUUUCCUUGCUUAUAUGUAUGCUUGAUACCUUCCCAUACCCAUCAACCCCUCAUCUGCUACCUGCCAUCGUAAGGCUUCGUAGCAUUUAUUUUAUUCUCGUUACAACAUUUGUUUGAAACGAACCUGAACAUAGAAACCGCGCGGUCGUCAGUGUGCUAAAGUAGUUAUUCGAAUCCGCUAAGAUGUCAUCUAUCCCCGAUGCUUCAGAUGGAACGACGAAGCAGCAGCCUCCGCAGGUCGCUGCUGGCCUUCCUAAUACCACCACCUAUUUGACCGGCUACAAUGACAAGGGUAAAGCAAUCGUAUACUCGACGCGUCCCUCGAGCUGGGAGCCAUUCGAUGGCGGUGCUUUGGGAUUCAACCAGAUAUAUACCAAUGUGUCCCCGCCAGAUCUGAAUGGAGAUGCUGAUAUUAAAUUUCACGAUGACGCAAUCGCAGGAGGGAAACUUGGACUUGUCAGUAAAGAUGGGGUCGUUUGCCGAAUGGUUGACUUCAGCCCUCAGUACGAGUGUAUAAUGCAUCGUACCAAGUCUAUGGACUUUGGCAUCGUCGUCGAGGGCGAGGUCGAUAUGGUAUUAGACGAUGGUAGUGCCACGCGGAUGAAACGUGGUGACAUAGCUGUCCAGCGCGCUACCAUGCAUGCCUGGCGCAAUCCGAGCACUACAGGAUGGGCUCGGAUGGUAUUUGUUUUGCAAGACUGUAAACCGUUAAUCUUCAAUGGGCAGAAGUUGGGAGAGGAUCUCGGAGAUGGUUACACGGGAUUACCUGCGAGUGGAAACGACGACGAGUAGUAACCUGGAUGGAAUUCAUGAGCUUGGCAUGUUAUGAAUGCAUUUAAGAAACAAAGGGCCAUAAGUGUGUAUGUGAGUUGUGAGAGAUGAAUAUAUAUAUCAAUGAAUCUCCAUCAACCUGUUCGUGUAACGCGACGUUUAAUUAUUUAGCAUAUUACUUCGUACGUUGUGACUGUUUAAUGCUGAAGCUACAAACUUGAGGACAUGUUGGGUACAUGUACUUUUGAUAGAUUUCUUUUGAUCUUAUAUUAUUGGCCAAUUGAUUUGGAUGGAAUGGUUAAACUCCG